AUGAGUGUAAAGCCAGUAACACAUGUUUUAUUUGAUAUGGAUGGUCUGAUUCUAAAUACAGAGGAUUUAUAUACAAUAGGAUUUCAAAAUGUUGCCUUGCGAUAUGGAAAAGAAUUCACAUUCGCGUUAAAGUGCCAAAUAAUGGGACAGCAAAGCGAGGAAUUUGCCGCUUCUAUUAUCAAUAGCCUUGAAUUGCCGCUUACGGUCGACGAGUUUUUGAAGGAAACUCGCUUAGUUUUUCGAGAAUUGUUUCCAGAAUCGAAAAUAUUGCCCGGAGUUGGAACGCUUAUACGUCAUUUGAGCGAACACAACGUGCCUAUUGGUCUGGCAACGAGCAGUAGUAAAGAAACUUACGAUUUAAAAGUACAAAAACAUUCAGAACUGUUUGAUAUGUUUAUGUACAAAACAUGGGGAUCUUCGGACCCUCUGGUAAAGAGAGGCAAACCAUUUCCGGACAUAUUUCUGGUUGCUGCUGCCAAGUUUCCAGAUAAACCGGUCCCAGAUAAGGUCUUAGUGUUUGAGGAUUCUAUCAACGGUGUGAGGGCUGCCCAUUCGGCCGGUAUGCAAGUCGUUAUGGUCCCAGACCCUAGGUUAGACCGCGCUUUAGUUCCAGAAGCAACGCUCAUCUUGGACUCUAUGAUGGACUUCCGGCCCGAAGCGUUCGGUCUCCCGCCAUUCGAA